UAUUAUUUUAAUGUUAUAACAGUAAAAAACCAGUAUAUUUUGUUCUUUUUAGGUGUCCACAGAAUAUAAUCUCACCAACAUUACAGUCCGACUUAUAGGAGGAAGAACACCAACCGAGGGAAGGGUGGAGCUACAAGUUCCGGGAAAAGGUUGGGGUGUUAUUUGUGGAGACGGAUGGGGUGUAUUGGAAGCCAUGGUGGCGUGCAGACAGUUAGGAUUUGGAUAUGCACAGGCAUCUAUUACAGAGCUCUUUCUUUGGAGGCAAAUACGAAGAUUUGAUUCUCAGUGGAGUAUCAUGUACAGGAGACGAGGAUAGCCUAGCUGAUUGUUUGCACGAUGAAACUGGACAUGUAGAGUGUCCAGGAAAAGAUGAAAGCAUUGCAGGGGUCAUCUGCACUACUGUUUUGCCAGACCUUGUUCCCGAUGAAAAAGAAAUUGAACGUUCUACUUACCUUGAGGAUCGAGAGCUGUUGUAUUUACAGUGUGCCAUGGAAGAAAAUUGUUUAGCGUCUCAUGCUUACCGACUACAGGAGAAUAACGAUUAUGGAUGGCAGUAUGAAAGGCGGCGGCUACUUCGUUUCACAGCAAGGAUUGGAAAUGUUGGAACAACGGACUUUCGGCCUUUUCUACCGAAACAUGCAUGGGAAUGGCACAUGUGCCACCUGCACUAUCACAGUAUGGAGGUGUUCGCCCAUUUCGACAUUAUAAACCAACAGGGACAAAAAGUUGCCGAGGGUCACAAGGCCAGCUUCUGCUUGGAAGAUAACCAGUGCCAAGAAGGAAUAGAGAAAAAGUACGCAUGUGCAAACUAUGGAGAUCAAGGUAUUUCUGUUGGAUGUACUGAUACCUACCUCCACAACAUUGACUGUCAAUGGGUUGAUAUCACAGAAUUACCAACUGGUCUUUAUUUCUUUAAAGUAUCAAUUAAUCCAGAAUUCAAAGUUCCUGAGAUAUCUUUCAACAAUAAUGCAGCCACCUGCUACUUUUUCUACAACGCCAUCUCAGCAAGAAUAUGGAACUGUACUCUGGGAAGACCUUGACAGAAUUGUAUGUGUGUGUGUGUAAGAGCUCUUUGUUUUAACUAACUGUAUGUGAUUCGAAAAAUUUACUGCCACUAUUUUUAUUUAUCAAAAAUAACAUAGAUAUGUUGACCUUUUUGAUGUUCUUUUAUAUACGAGUCCCAAGCAGAAGCUUAUGAAUGAUCAUAGAACUACGUUAUGUCUUUAGGGUUAGUAUAGCUCUUUGUUUGUCUCAUAUUAACAAGGUUAUAAAAAUAUUUUCAAUGCAAGACUGCAAUUUUUAUAAAUUGGCGUCAUUUCAUAAGUCUCGCAGAUUUAGCAAUGUAAACGUUUAAAUAUAUAAAUAAAUAGAAAUAUACCUUAAUAUUAUUCAGAUGUUUAAGUUGUAAAACUGCCUCAUUUUUUAAGAUCUCCAACUAUAUAUAUUCAUUUUAUGCUUUUCUUUCUGAACCAUAGCAUCAUUGUUUGAUCUUUCACCAGUAAGAUUAUAGUGAUUCGUUUUAAGACAUUACUUAGUUGCUUAGGUAAAGGCAAAUAAAACCUGAUCCAAUGUAUCAAUCUGCUAAACCUAAAUGAGAAUGUAUUGAAAAACAGAUCACGUGCCCAAACCUACAUUACUAUAGUCUUAGUUAUAGGAGAAAGUGGAGACACCUAUCACGCAUUAUUUGCUUAAGACAAAGUAAACAUGUAUAUGCCACAUUUGUUCUUUUGAUAUAUUGAUAGAAAUAUGUAAGUAGUAGUAGUAAUUGAAUACGCAUUAUUAGAUGUUCUUCAUUUUGAAGCUAUUAAGUUGAGGAUCUGUUCCAUAUAUUUGGAAAAUAAAAACGUUUCAAAAGCUA